UAUAAAGAUCAGAUAACUCUUAACACGUGCUUUCAUAUCUGGCUGGCUCAGUUCCAGAAUGAAUCCACUAUUACGCUCUGCUCGGAUUGAAGUGACUUGUUAACAAGCAAAACAGACACAGUUUCUUUCUGCUUUCUUCCAUCAAUAGCUGGGGACUCGUAAAAUGCGGUUGAAAGGCAUAUUUUUACUCCUGUCUUUAGGAGCGUUCACAUCUUAUUAUGUUUACCAGCCCAUUCCAGACGAGAUAGAGGAGAGAUGGAAACUCAUGUUGACCGACUGCUUCUUCAGAAGUCUCAGCCACCUGGCAGACUUCAGUGAGCUGCUGGGGUUGAAGGACUACAUGGGGGUGAUGAUGUUCAUCACGUUCGCUGAGCGGGUGGUGCCCGUGUCAGACCAACGUGUGCACGUCACGGAGGAGCUGUUUGAUGAGGUGGAGGUGGUGGUGUACCAGCCCAAACUGCAGGGCGGCGACACUGAGCUGAGGAGAGCAGUCAUAUACCUGCACGGAGGAGGAUGGUGCCUGGGCAGCGCCAGAAUGGGACCAUAUGACCUCCUGGCUAGGCAGAUGGUCAUGGAUCUUAACUCUGUGGUCGUGUCUGUAGAGUACCGCCUGGCCCCCGAGCACCAUUUCCCCGUCCCCUAUGAGGACGUGUACCGGGCGGUGAAGCACUUCCUCCAGAGGGGGGUCCUGGCCCAGUACUCUGUAGACCCAGGACGCAUCGCUGUAUCUGGGGACAGCGCCGGGGGAAACCUGGCUGCUGCCGUGUCCCAGCAGCUGCAGCAGGAUCCAGAACAGCAGUUGCAGCUGAAGGUCCAGGCCCUGCUCUACCCUGUGCUGCAGGCUCUGGACCUCAAUACUCCAUCCUACCAGCAGAACCAGAACAUGCCUAUCCUGCCCCGUACCCUAAUGGUGCGCUUCUGGAGCGAGUACUUCACCAGCGACAAGACCUUCUUCAGGGCCAUGAUGACCAACACUCACAACAGCCCAGAGUCCGCUGCUCUGCUCAAAUUCGUCAACUGGAGUGCCUUCCUGCCAGAGUCCUUCCGGGGCAAGUAUAACUACAGCGCUCCGGUUGUGGCGUUGUCGGCGGGAGGGGCGGGGUCGGACGGGCCAUGGCGCUCCAUCGCUGACCCCCGGGCCUCGCCCCUGCUGGUCCCGGAUGCCGCUCUACGCUCGCUACCGAAGGCCUACGUUCUGACGUGCGAGUACGAUGUGCUGCGGGACGACGGGGUGAUGUAUGCCGCGCGCUUGCGUCGCGCCGGAGUCGAGGUGACUCACGAACACUACGCCAGAGGUUUCCACGGCGCCCUCAUGUUCACCGUGUGGCCAACCGACUUCCUGAUUGGACGCACGAUGACGGAAAACUUAAUCAGAUGGCUGCAGCAUAACUUGUAGAAAACAGAAAAAAUUGUUAUGGUGGUUCAAUGUUCAUUCCUGUUUCCCAUAGCAACCCUGCACCCGUUAUGUGCUACUGUACUUUACGUUUUGUCUCUUUGGUUGUUUUUACUCAUCUUUUGUUAUUAUUAUUUUUAAACAAACUAAAGCACUGUCUGUUUUUAAAUCAAAAGGGCACCUACUAAGGGUUUUUGUACUCUGAUACUACAUACCCACAACAAUACCAGAUGCCAGUCAAAAACUGGUUAGCCUGGAUUUUCUAAUCACCAAGGAAACCAAUGAGGCAGAACAUGAGGCAGACAAAACUGAUGCCAGAUACAAGAUGUUUGAUGAAGCCAAGUGUUGUACAUUUCACGUUGGACAUCUGGUUCUGCAGCUGAAUUCACUAUAAUAGCCUGAGCGUUCUAUUAGCAGAAUCCCUACGGUCACCGGGAGAAAGACGAGGACCAAUGGUAGUUUGGUGUUGUCUUUUAGAAUUGAGUGGGUAUGGAUAUAUUGUUUGUCGAAGGACCAGUCCAGAUUACUAGGGAGGAACAUUGUUGUCUUCUCGAGUUCUUCUCAUCCCCUAAAGGCCUGUUAGGCUCAGUGAUCAUGUGAGGUGUACUGGGCCUGUUGUCUUCCUACCUUUCUGUCUCAAACUACCGGCCCUGUGACAUGGAAGGACCAACACGAGGGAAAAGGGGAAGGACAAGGGGUUAAGGAAACCCCCCUACAGCAUGUCAGGCUUGAGGUAUUUUUGUAGUCUGAGCAUGUAGCUGUUAUUGAGGUUGAACAGAGCUGCAGUCAGCAGUAGUUUAGAGCUGCAGGUCUCCCUAUCGGUUCCCCAGCUGACACUCCUCCUGUAACAGUAGCUUAGAGCUGCAGGUUCCCCAGCUGACACUCCUCCUGUAACAGUAGCUUAGAGAUGCAGGUCUCCCUAUCGGUUCCCCAGCUGACGCUCCUCCUGUAACAGUAGCUUAGAGCUGCAGGUCUCCCUAUCGGUUCCCCAGCUGACGCUCCUCCUGUAACAGUAGCUUAGAGCUGCAGGUCUCCCUAUCGGUUCCCCAGCUGACGCUCCUCCUGUAACAGUAGCUUAGAGCUGCAGGUCUCCCUAUCGGUUCCCCAGCUGACGCUCCUCCUGUAACAGUUGCUUAGAGCUGCAGGUCUCCCUAUCGGUUCCCCAGCUGACACUCCUCCUGUAACAGUAGCUUAGAGCUGCAGGUCUCCCUAUCGGUUCCCCAGCUGACACUCCUGUAACAGUAGCUUAGAGCUGCAGGUCUCCCUAUCGGUUCCCCAGCUGACGCUCCUCCUGUAACAGAAACAUCUUGUUGGGGGGGAAACAAAGCUCUGUGUUCUUUAUCAUGGGAUGAAUCAGACUUGAUGACUUGCACACAUAAUAUAGACAUCUAAUCUGAGGUACUAACUUGUUUUGCUUCAGUAUUCACCUUAUAAAUCCUUGUAAAUAUCAUGACUGUCAUGUGUAGUGUUUUUGUUUUUCAUGUGAAAUACAGAGAAUUGAAUAUGUGCAUAAUAAAAUGACCUCACCUGA